CAUGUUUACGUCUGGCAUAUUAUUAUUAUUUGUUACAGCUUAGCUGCCAGAAAGCAACAUGACCGUCAGAGCCGUAGCCGGCGGCUGUGCGACAUGUUUGUUUUGGGCAAAAAGCUGUGUAGUUCUGUACAUACAUUGUAGCAGAAAAUAACUUUAUUAGUAGUGACAUACAUCAGCAUUAUAGACGUUUUAUCAGAUGUUAUGAGUUAUAAGUGAGGUGCCUAUAUGUGAUACGGCUUCCAGGGUGUGGAGGAGGCGGCAUAUACAACGAUGGGCAGUGAGGAGUGUGAGGACUGGCUGCUGGACUCUAUAAAGCUGUAUAAAGAUCUUCAUGACUUUGAGUUACAGGAGGCGACGAGGGUCAUACAAUGGACGGGUGAUAAGAGUGGGUAUCUGUAUAGCGGGGUACACCAGACCCCAGAAUAAUGAAAUCCUGCAGCUGCUCUUCCCACAGAAACUUCAUGAGACCGAGAACCAGGGUCUGUGUCCAGAGAGGGAUCUGAGGGUGGAGCACGGAGGGUUCUCCCAGCACCCAAUCUACAGCCUCCAGCACAUCCCCCAUACCAGUCUCCUGGUCACCAGUGCUCCGUCCUCUGCUCAUGUCCAGAUCUGGCAGAUUGGAGCUGAAGAUAAAGAUGUCAUUCAGCCCACAACAUCCAUACAGUCUGAUCCCAGCAAGGAAACGUGGACAAAAAUUGCCAUUUUGGGUGGGACAGCGCCACGCGUGGUCCACGGAUCCCAGGUCAACGCCGUUCACAUAACCGAGAUCGAGUCAGCCAAGCGCGUCUAUACAUUAGCUGUGUCUAGCGAUGAGGCGAUCGGGUCGCUCUCUUUUCUGGAUCCUAAUACUAUUCAUCUGUGCUGCCUGAGCGGCCGGCAGAUCAUCGCUGACGUCCGGCGCCCGGGAAUCACCAGUGAGGGGAGCGUGGCCCUAAGCGUGCCCCAUGGAGGACGGUGGUGCACAGCUGUAAAGUCUGAGAACCAAGAUGCCUGUGCAGAGAUCGCCAUCCUGUCCUCUGAGGGUCAUAUCACUAUCACUGAUACUCGGGACAUAGCAGCCCCCCUGAAAUGUGCCAAGAUUAAGUCACCCAGUGCCCCCACUGGGGAUGUGAUGUGCGUCUGCUGGGCCCCCAAACUGGAAGGAUGCAUCUCCGCCUCAGGCUUUGAUGGUACAGUCCAGAUCUACGAUACAAGACCCUGGGACGCAGCAGUGAAGGAGGUGGAUGCGCUCUUUACCCACAGGGGCCACGCUGUGAUGGGGGAGUGUGAGGACGGAAGCGCCCCCAGGGUCACCGUCCACUCCUGGCACCCAUGGAAAGAGAGGACGCUGGUGUCCGCUGCAAAUGACGGCUCCUUACAUAUCUGGGACUGGCUGGACACCGCCCUGCAGAGCUAGCUAUACUGACCACAUAACCUGAGAAAACUUUAUUACUUAAGGUGUUUUUUUUUUUUUUAUCCUAAUAAUUUUUGUAACAAAAAUUAAUAAAAAAAAACAAAAAUUCUG